AUGUAUACUAUUAAGAAUGAUCUAAAUGAAUUUCAACGUUAUGAACGUGGUUUUGGUAAUAGACGAUCUUUAAUUAAUCCAGCUAAAUAUCAUUAUUCAAAAGAAAUUCUAUCUUCAUUUGAUAAUCAAGAUGGUAAAUAUUUAUUUUCAAAUCCAUAUGAAAAAAUAGAACAAAAUGAUGUAAUUCAUCGACAACAGCAACAACAACAACAACAACAGCCGCUUAUUGUUUAUCGUUAA